AUGGGUAUCAAAAUAUUCAUGUUUUCCUUCAUAAUAACCUCAAUACUAUUCUUCUUUCUCUUCAUCCCAACAAGAUUAACCCUUCAAAUCUCAACCAUGAAACCCACCUCUAUGGACUACUUCAACAUCCUAAGAACAAACCAAACCUACCCAGUUACAUUUGCUUACUUGAUCUCAUCCUCCAAAGGAGACACUACAAAACUCAAAAGAUUACUCAAAGUAUUGUACCAUCCAAACAACUACUAUUUGAUUCACAUGGAUUCAGAAGCACCUGAUUCAGAACAUAAAGAUGUUGCAACAUUUGUGGCUAAUGAUCCUGUUUUUAGUCAAGUUGGGAAUGUUUGGAUUGUUGGGAAACCCAAUUUGGUUACAUAUAGAGGACCAACUAUGCUUGCAACUACUCUUCAUGCUAUGGCAAUGCUUCUUAGGACAUGUCAAUGGGAUUGGUUUAUUAAUCUUAGUGCUUCUGAUUAUCCUUUGGUUACACAAGAUGAUCUGAUCCAAGUUUUUUCUGAGGUGCCAAGGGAUUUUAAUUUCAUACAACAUAGUAGUCGUUUGGGUUGGAAACUAAAUAAGAGAGGGAAGCCAAUGAUUAUAGAUCCAGGACUAUAUAGUCUGAAUAAAUCAGAGAUUUGGUGGAUCAUUAAGCAAAGGAAUUUACCAACUUCUUUUAAACUCUACACAGGUUCAGCUUGGACAAUAGUAUCAAGAUCAUUUGCUGAGUAUUGCAUAAUGGGUUGGGAAAAUCUACCAAGAACCCUACUUCUCUACUACACCAAUUUCGUCUCGUCGCCAGAAGGAUAUUUCCAGACAGUAAUAUGCAACUCAGAAGAUUACAGGAACACCACUGUCAACCAUGAUCUUCACUACAUUACUUGGGACAAUCCUCCAAAACAACAUCCUCGGUCUCUAGGACUUAAAGAUUAUAGGAAAAUGGUUAUGAGUUUGCGUCCGUUCGCAAGAAAAUUCAAAAGAAAUGAUCUUGUUCUCGAUAGAGUUGAUAGAGAGCUUCUGAAAAGGUAUAAAGGAGGGUUUUCUUUUGGGGGAUGGUGUUCUGAGGGUGGAAAGAACAAAGCAUGUUCAGGUUUGAGAACUGAGAAUUAUGGUUUGCUUAAACCUGGUCCUGGCUCAAGAAGGCUCAAAAAUUUGUUUAAGAAAAUUCUGUCUGAUAGAUUUUUUCAACGAAUGCAGUGUAGGUGA